AUGAAUGAAGUCAGCGUUGUGAGAGAGGGAUGGCUCCACAAGAGAGGUGAAUACAUUAAAACUUGGAGGCCUCGUUAUUUCAUCUUAAAGAGUGACGGCUCCUUCAUCGGCUACAAAGAGAAGCCUGAAGUGUCCAGUGAUCACAGCCUGCCACCUCUCAACAACUUCUCCGUCGCAGAGUGCCAGCUAAUGAAGACAGAGAGGCCCAGGCCCAAUACAUUUGUAAUCCGCUGCCUCCAGUGGACCUCAGUGAUUGAGCGCACCUUUCAUGUCGACAGCAAUGAGGAGAGGGAAGAAUGGAUGCGUUCCAUCCAGGCGGUGGCAAACAGCCUGAAGAGUCAGCAGCAAGAUGAGGAGCCCAUGGAGAUCAAAUUUGGCUCGCCAAGCGACAGCAGCGGAGCAGAGGAGAUGGAGAUCGCCAUAUCCAAAUCUCGCUCAAAAGUGACCAUGAGUGAUUUCGACUACCUGAAGUUACUGGGCAAAGGCACCUUUGGUAAAGUGAUCCUGGUGAAAGAGAAGGCUACGGGAAUGUACUACGCCAUGAAAAUCCUCCGCAAAGAAGUCAUCAUUGCAAAAGACGAGGUGGCGCACACAGUGACUGAGAGCAGAGUACUCCAAAAUACGCGGCAUCCCUUUCUCACAACACUAAAGUAUGCUUUUCAAACAAAUGAUCGUCUAUGCUUUGUGAUGGAGUAUGCAAAUGGCGGAGAACUUUUCUUUCACUUAUCUCGCGACCGAGUGUUCACAGAAGACAGGGCCCGAUUCUACGGUGCAGAAAUUGUAUCAGCACUGGAGUACCUACACUCAUGCAAUGUUGUUUACAGGGAUUUAAAGCUGGAAAAUCUAAUGUUGGACAAGGAUGGCCACAUAAAGAUAACAGACUUUGGCCUGUGCAAAGAAGGCAUCACAGAUGGUGCUACCAUGAAAACCUUCUGUGGGACUCCUGAAUAUCUGGCACCUGAGGUACUAGAGGACAACGACUACGGUCGUGCUGUGGACUGGUGGGGACUGGGUGUGGUCAUGUACGAGAUGAUGUGUGGCCGUUUGCCCUUCUACAACCAGGACCAUGAGCGACUCUUUGAGCUCAUUCUUAUGGAGGAAAUCCGCUUCCCUAAGAACCUGGCUCCUGAAGCCAAGGCGCUGCUGGCCGGCCUGCUCAAGAAGGAUCCUAAGCAGAGGCUCGGAGGCGGACCUGACGAUGCCAAAGAAGUGAUGACCCACAAGUUCUUUACCUCCAUGAAUUGGCAAGAUGUCCUGGAGAAGAAGCUUGUCCCACCGUUCAAGCCCCAGGUAACUUCAGAAACGGAUACGAGAUAUUUCGACGACGAGUUCACAGCACAAACUAUCACCAUAACCCCACCAGAUAAGUAUGACAGUUUAGACGCAGAGGACUCAGAUCAGCGUACACACUUCCCUCAGUUCUCUUACUCUGCCAGCAUACGAGAAUAG